AUGUUAACUAUUAAAAGAUUACUUUUAAAUCAAAACCUAUUUAAAAGUAGUUGUAAUUCCACAGGUAUCAUUUCAAUUAAUUACAAUAGUAAUAAUAAAAUUUGUUUUUUCAGUUCUUCUUCAACAUUAAUAAAUAAAACUAAUGAAAUUUUAGAUAUUGAAGAUAAUAAUAAUAAUAAUAAUGAAAUAUCAUCAUCACCAUUAUUUUUAAAAGAAACAAUUAAAGAAUUUAAAUUAAAAAAAGAAUUUAUUGAAAAGUAUUCAAAAAAGAAAGCACCAUUUGGAUUUGGAGUAUUGGGUGAGAUUGUAUAUAGAAGAAGUUAUUCGAGAGUUAAAGAGGAUAAUACAAAUGAACAAUGGUUUGAAACCGUUGAGAGAGUUGUAAAUGGUACAUAUAAUAUUCAAAGGAAAUGGAUAGAAAGACAUGGUUUAGAAUGGAAUCAAAAUAAAGCUCAAAAAUCUGCACAAGAAAUGUAUAAUCGUAUAUUUGAAAUGAAGUUUUUACCACCUGGUAGAGGUUUAUAUUCUUGUGGUUCUUCAACUACUGAAUCAAAAGGUUUAUUCGCUGCUUUAAAUAAUUGUGCUUUCGUUAGUACAUUAGAUAUUAAAAAGAAUCCUUCAAAACCAUUUAUAUUCUUAAUGGAUGCUUCAAUGUUAGGUGUUGGUGUUGGGUUCGAUACAAAAGGUGAAAAUUCAAUUAUAAUUAAAGGUCAAUUACCACCACCACCACCACAACAACAACCACAACAACAACAACAACAACAUGGUCAAAAUAAUAAUAUAUUUAUUGUACCAGAUAGUAGAGAAGGUUGGGUAGAAUCAGUUCAAUUAUUAUUAGAUUCAUACUUUUUAAAAAGGAAUAAUCCAAUAUUUGAUUAUAGUUCAAUUAGAAAAAAAGGUGAACCAAUUAAAGGAUUUGGAGGAGUUUGUUGUGGUUAUGAACCUUUAAAAGAAUUACAUGAUGAAAUUAGAGCUUUAUUGAAUAAAUGUAUUGGUAAACCAAUUAGUUCAACAAAUAUUGUGGAUUUAAUGAAUUUAAUUGGAAAAUGUGUUGUAUCUGGUAAUGUUCGACAAGCUGCAGAGAUUGCAUUUGGUGAUCCAAAUUCUCAAGAGUAUAUAGAUUUAAAAAACUAUCAAAUCAAUCCACAACGUGCUUCAUUUGGUUGGUGUAGUAAUAAUAGUGUAUUUGCAGAACUAGGUAUGGAUUAUUCAAAAGUUUGUCAAAGUAUACUUCAUAAUGGUGAGCCUGGUUUAGCAUGGUUGGAUAAUAUGAAAGCGUAUAGCAGAAUGGUGCCAACCGAAUUGGAUUAUAAAGAUCGUAGAGCAAUGGGUGGCAACCCAUGUUUAGAGCAAACUUUAGAAUCUUAUGAACUUUGCUGUCUAGUUGAAACGUUUCCCAACAAUCACGAGAGUUUAGAAGACUAUUUAAAAACUUUGAAAUACGCAUUCCUAUAUGCCAAAACCGUUACACUCGGUUCCACCCAAUGGCCCGAUACCAAUAAGGUACUGCUCCGUAAUAGAAGAAUCGGAUGCUCCAUGAGUGGUAUAGCACAGUUCAUUCAUUUCAAUGGGUUGCAUCAACUUAAGGAUUGGUGUGUCAAUGGUUUCAAGCUUUUGAAUGAAUUGGAUGAGAAGUAUUCCGAGUGGUUGGCAAUACCGAAAUCAAUAAAGAGAACAUCGAUUAAACCAAGUGGCACUGUGUCGUUGUUGGCUGGUGCCACACCUGGCAUGCAUUAUCCGAUAUCUGAAUAUUACAUUAGACGUAUAAGAAUUCAAAAAGAGAGUAACCUAAUUCCACCAUUGGUAGAAGCCGGCUACCAUGUUGAGCCAGCCUUUGAGAAUAGUACCAAUGUUGUAGUUGAAAUACCCAUUCAUUCAGGUAAAGGUAUUAGAUCUGCAAAUUCAAUAACAAUGUGGGAACAAUUAUCAUUAGCUUCUUUUCUUCAAAAAUAUUGGGCUGAUAAUCAAGUGAGUUGUACAGUCUCUUUUGAUCCAAUUAAAGAGGGUCCACAAUUAAAACAUGCCUUAGAUUACUUUCAAUAUCAAUUAAAAGGUGUAUCAUUUUUACCAAAUUCUUCAACAACUACAUCUGUUUAUAAACAAAUGCCUUAUGAAGAAAUUGAUGAAACUCGUUACAACCAAAUCAUUGCUAACCUAAAACCUGUUGAUUUUCAAAAGUUAAAUAAUUCCCCUUUAGAGCCUACUCCUGAUAAAUUUUGUGAUUCUUCAAGUUGUACAAUUGUUUCUGAUAAUUCUGAAACACUUAAUAAUUUAUAA